AUGUUUUGCGAACAAGAUCGAUCAAUUUUGACAUCGGAUACAAAUUUUCGGUGUUUGAGAAAUUAUUUCAAUGAUGUUCGUUGUCAGAUAUUAACAAGACUUGUUCGACGAGGCGUUUCUGGUGAACAACUCAUUCGAGCUUUCGAGCAAGUCCCCAAUCUCAUCGAGGAAAUGUAUUUGACCAACUCAAAUGUAGAUAAUGUUCAUUUUAUUGAUCAAUUAGCCAAUAUUGCAUAUGAUUCGAUUACGAAUACUCCGCCACGAUGCGUUUCUCCUUCGCGUCGAUCACAAAUAAGCAUUAAUCAAAAUCUACCACUGUCAACACCAGUGCAAUCAGUGGUCAAAGUCAAGUCAACUGUACGCACAAAACGAUCCCUACCAUCGAAAACUCAUCAAUUAACUCUCGACCCGUCACCCUCACCAUCUGUUUCCGAAUCAAUACCUGUUCUAUCACAACCUAUAACUCCACCGGAUACUUCUCGAUCAUCCGUGCCACAAAGUGCUUCCUAUCAUUCAUCUGAUGAUUCACCAUUUUCUAUGGGUUAUCAAUGGAAAGGUGAAGACAAUUGA